CAUCGUUGACCCCAAGAUCCCAAAAUUCUGGUGGUGAGGGGCAAAUGGAGGGGCACACAUGCAAAUCCCAUCUGCCGUGACUGUCCGCCUCUUAUUUUAUCAUUACAACCCUCUCACCAGAUAGCUGAGGGAACGCCUUAGCCAUUCACUACCAACUCCCUACUUUACUUACUUCGUCAUAACCACAUCGAAAAUAAAACCCAAAAUGUCCGACAACGACCACGACACCAUAUCAUCCCGCAUCUCCCCCACCUGCCCGCCCGACACCCAACGCGUGCUGACCGCGGCCUGGUCCCACGACCUCGCCGCCGUCAAAAAGCUUCUCAACACGCCCGACAAGGCGAGGGUACAGGACCCCACGACAGGGGAGACCCCGCUCCACGCGGCCAUCCGGUCGUGCGGCCCCGCCCCCUCAGAAGAGAACGGAAACGACGAGGACAACGACGACGACCCCGCCGACCUCGAGGCUGCCAAGAAGGUCGUCUACGAGCUGCUGCUGUGGGGCGCCAUCUGGAACGAUGUCGACGAUCGGAACGAGACCCCCGGCUGCGUGGCCCACCGGUUGGGGCGCAGGGAGUUGUACAAUCUAUGUGUGGAGGCCGGCGUGAGGGCUGAGAUGUUGUUUGGUGUGAUGGAGGGGUAUGAAGAGCUGGAGAGUUUGGAUGGGGGGGAGGGGGAGGAUAUUGAGGUGAUCGAUAUGGAUGUUGAUGAUGGGGAGAUGGUGGUCGUGGGCGAGGACGGGGAGGAGGCCCCUGCGCUGGUCAAUAUCAAGUCUGGCGAGCAAAAUAAGGGGACAAAUGAGGGGGAGGAUGAAGAGGAAGAGGAAGAGGAGGGAAAUAAGGAAGAAGAGGAGCCCCGGUUCCAGCCGCCCAAGGACGAUACAGAGGCCAACGUCACUUCCGAGGCAUACCUACGGUCGAAGCUGACAUACUCGGACGGCAAACUUGUCGAUGACGAUGGCAACGGCGUCAUGAUGGCCUGGGAAACGGAUAUCAUGCGCCAGAGCGUUGACGCCUUGCUACCAAACAAGGAGCCUGGAAAACGUGUUCUCAAUAUCGGAUUCGGGAUGGGCAUCAUCGACACCAUGUUUGCCGAGACGAAGCCGUCCAGGCAUCACAUCAUUGAAGCUCACCCCGAGGUUUUGGAACAUAUUUCUAGCCCUGGCUCCAAGUUCGGCGCGGCCUGGGAAGAAAGCGGCCCGGCCCCCGGCGCAUUCAAGGUGCAAAUAGGGAAGUGGCAAGAGGUUUGUCGACGGCUACUCGAGGAAGGGGAGAUAUACGACGCCAUUUACUUCGACACCUUCGGCGAAGACUAUUCCCAGCUGCGCAAAUUCUUUACCGAAUAUAUCCCUGGCUUGCUGGAUGGCGAAGGCAGGUUUGGCUUCUUCAACGGCCUCGGUGCGGACCGCUUGAUCUGCUAUGAUGUUUACACCAAGGUGGCCGAGUUGCACCUCGUUGACGCUGGCCUGGAUGUUGAUUGGAACGUAAUCGGCGUCGACAUGUCGCACCUCGCCGAGGCUGGCAAGGGUGAGUGGGAGGGGGUAAAACGGAGAUACUGGACUCUGGAUAAAUAUCGCCUGCCAACUUGCACGUUUCUGGGUUGAACACCGAUUCUAGCAAACGCAUUCCGACAACCUGAGAGGCUGGAAAUUCACGUUCAAGCAAGGCUACCCAAGAUUAACGCGCCUCGCUCAUAGCUCUGCGAAUAGGAUGUCUCCCAUCGCGGGUACCGGCCUGGAGUGCGCAAUCAUGCAAACGGCGCUGAGCC